AUGCCGGAAUACCUCCAGCAGGCAGUGGUCGACGCGAUUAGGUCAAAAGACGAGGCGGAGACCUGCGACCGCCACCACAAUAGCGCCGAAAAGAAAAUCACCGAGGACGCGCCGGUGCAUUGUAAUGCCCCAUGGUGGUCUUCCUCAAUUCAAAGAGAGGUGGCCGCCAUGGCCCCGUACUCAAGAAGCGGUCAGAUCUUCUCCCGGGCGAUCUACUAA